UCUCUGCAGUCAUAUAUUUCAAUAAAGGGUCUGGAGUUUUUUUCUAAACGUUUCCCAAAAGUAAGCUGCUUUAUUGAUUUUGCAUAGGUCUGUGAUCGGUCAGUGAUCACCAUUCGGAGAAAGCAAGGUCGAGAGUUUUACUUUCGAGUUUUCCUUCCUGGUAUUGCCUAGGGCUAAAAUAGUUCUUGAAAAUGGCUCCAAGGGGACGAUCCAAGAAGAGAGGUAACACGCGUAUGGACGCUGCUGUGGAUGCUAUGGGUCGAUUUGGAUUUCAGAAGCAACGUGUUCGUGAAACUGUCAAAGAACUUCUGAAAGUUUAUGGAGGAGAUGAUGGAUGGCCCUUUAUUGAAGACGACUCUUACGUAAUCCUACUUGAUGCUCUUCUUGAGACACAGAAAAGUGAUUCUCCUAAGAAGGAUGUUUCACAAGAUGAUGCAAGAAGUUUGAAAGACACAGAACCAUCAAUUGUUGGGUCCCCUUCUGGAGUUACCACACCCAACUUUUCUGAGCUUCAGACUCUGAACGCCAACUUGCCAAGCGAUGGUGCUUUGUACUCUAUAAAAGACCCAGAACCAGUAACUGCUGGGUCUUCUUGUGGAGUUCCCAUACCUGACUGCUCUGAGCUUGAGACUCUGCAUACCAAGUUGCCCAGUGAUACUACUACGAACUCUAUAUUGCAAAGCACUAAAGCUCUGGACUUUGAGGCACAGACUAAUGAAGCAGAUGACAGCUCAUCAACUAAACAAGAUGAAGGGGCGAGCUUGGCAGAUGAGAAGCUGAACUUGAAUUCCACUACAAAGAAUGUGGAUAAUUUGCUUGAUUUCAAAAUCGAAACUGAUAAACGACACAUUGUGUGCGCCAAAGAUUCAGGAGACAACAAAAAUGUUGCAAAUACCGCCCCCAUUCACACCCCGAACCAGGAAUGCUCUCUUUCAUUAAGGAAGCGUCGACGUUAUCAUGGUUGGAUUAGUGCCAGUUGCGAAGAUCACAACGACAAUGAUCUUGUGGAUCUAACACCAAUUCCUUUACCAGAAGGGUUAGCAAGGUUGUUCAGGAAGAUUCAUGGUGAGGAAAAACGCAAGUCAAGUUGGGAUGUGAGGCCUGAAGAUAUGCCUCAGGCUCUCACCAACUCUCUUAGAGCCUAGAUCACCUUUUUUAUAACCAUGUGUUAAGCUCUGGUUUUGGGUAGAUAGCAAUACUCGGUGACACUAGUGGACUUUGUGGACUUAGGCUAGAUAGCAGGUUUUGCUGAUGAAAAUGGCGUUGUAUCAUUGGAGAAGCAGCUGAACAAGUACAUUUGUUAUUCCCAUUUUGGGUUAAUACAAUAGUGGUGGUAAAAGGACUCGUUCAAAUUUUAGAAGUUAUAACUUUCAUUGUAAUUUCUUGUAGGAACAUAGACAAGUUUAAAUUAGGAUAUACUAUUGUAUAUAACUUGGGGAUAAUUCGUGGGGCUACUUUUGUCCCU